AUAUAAAGAACCGAGUAGAGUGGUGAUGAGGAAAGGAAAGCAAGACAAAAAAGAAAGAUAAAUCAUAAAAAGCAUUAACUAAAGGGUUUUCAAAUUUAGUACACAAUCAACCAGCGUAAAGUUAACAACACAAUACGCACGCAGCGGAAAGAAACUUCAUCAAACUAAAUUAAAAAAUAAAAACUAUAAAAUAGUGAAGUGAACACAAAGUGCUUUAUCUAUAUUUUAUUUACAAUAAUAUUAAAAACUAUUAACAUAAAAAUGAAAACAAUAAUCCUAGUAUCGCUAUGCCUGUGCCUUAUGGCCACGGCCAUAACCGCUGACAAAUCCCAUAAACAUCAAGGCAAACUCUUGAAAAGUGGCCAUGAGGAACACAAAAAAAAGCAUACCGAGGUACAGCCUCUAAACAAGGACGAAGCUGAACUUAAAACCCAUAAUCCCACAAAUGAACAAGUCGUUGCCAAACCUGCCGGCUCUGGACGUAAACAUCGCAACAAUCAUCAUGGCAAAAAUAAAAAGGCUGCCAAUGCUGAGACUCAUACCGGUCGCUCCCGCAAAUUACAAACGAAACCCCACAAACAGAAUGGUCAAAAAUCCCACAAUAAAAAUCAUGGCCGUAAACAUGGGCGUGGCAAGCAGGAACAACAGAUUUAGUUAUUAUCUUUAAAAACAAAAGAAAACAGUACAAAAUGUAAUGUUUCAUUAUAAAAAUUAUAAGAAAAAAUAUAUAAAAAUUAUUUAAAUUUAUUUAAUAAAUCCUCCAAAAGAAAAAACAAAUAAAACAUUUAAAUCUUAGUUUUCAUAAACAAA